AUGUCGACGAUCCUCGACCUCCCACCGGAGAUCCUGGAGGACAUCUUCCUCCGCCUCGACGAUGCGGCUGACGUCGCCCGGGCCUCCGCUGCCUGCAAAUCCCACCGCAGCGUCGUCUUCAACCGCCAGUUCCUCCGCAGGUACCGUUUCCUGCAUCCUCCGCCCGUCCUCGGAUUCCUCCUGGAGUCCAUGGGGAACGCAGGAUUCCUCCACGCCGAGGAGCCGCACAAGUCUGCCCCUGCCGCUAGCUCCCUCGCGCAGGCGGUAGACUUCACCUUCUCCUUCCUUCCCACGGAUCCCAACGCCAACUACGGCAGCAGAAGCUGGCGCGUCUGUGACGCCCGCGAUGGCCGUGUCCUGCUCUCCCGUCGCAGCGCCACCUUCCUUGACCUCGUGAUCUGCGACCCCUUGUACUGCCGGUACGACGACAUCCCGCCUAUCCCCGAAGAUCUGUGGGCCAAGCGCUACAGUACUAAGAUGAAAUCCGAGCCCUUCCUCCUGCCAGCUCGGGAGGAGGAAGACGAGUCCCAGUUCCGAGUGAUCUACAACUGGGUGUGCAGAUACAAGAUCAUCACCUUCCUCUUCAACUCAGACACUAGAAAAUGGAGUGUGGCUACGUCUUUCAGCUUGUUAUUACCCGACAGGCUGAUUUAUGAUCCUAUGGAUUUUCUGCGCCACUAUGUUGGCUGCUGCUUCUACUGGGUGCAUCAUCGUGUGUCAAACUAUAUGAUUGUGCUUGACCCGCUUGAGAUGGAAUUCUCCAUCACCGGUCUCCCUUAUGGGACAGAUGAUGAUAUGCUAGGGCUGGCCGUUGUUGAUGCAGGGGUGAACAGGCUUGGCAUCAUAGGUCUUUAA